UCUUGUGAUCCUCAGCUGUGCUGCACUUCUGGAAACGGCAGAGGGAUCUAGCAAAAUAUGGCUGCGGAGGAACCCACCAAGCGACGAGUCCAGGUGGCAGAACAUCCCAGAUUGUUGAAGCUGAAAGAGAUGUUUAACUCUAAAUUUGGCUCCACACCCAAGUUUUAUGUUCGAGCCCCAGGAAGAGUCAACAUAAUAGGAGAGCACAUUGAUUACUGUGGAUACUCUGUUCUUCCCAUGGCUGUGGAACAAGACAUGCUAAUAGCUGUGGAACCUGUGAAGACACACACUCUCCAACUGGCCAAUACAAAUCCCUUGUAUCCAGACUUCAGUACUAGUUCUAAUAACAUCCAUAUCGACAAAACCAAACCUCUAUGGCACAACUACUUCCUUUGUGGAUUUAAAGGAAUCCAGGAACACUUUGGUCUUAGUAAGUUGACUGGAAUGAACUGCCUGGUAGAUGGAAAUAUACCACCAGGUUCGGGCCUCUCCAGCUCCAGUGCUCUGGUCUGCUGUGCUGGCUUAGUGACUCUCUCAGUGCUGGGAAUGAGUCUAUCCAAGGUGGAACUUGCAGAGAUCUGUGCCAAGAGUGAGCGUUACAUAGGCACUGAGGGAGGGGGCAUGGACCAGUCCAUCUCAUUUCUUGCAGAAGAAGGAACUGCCAAGUUAAUAGAGUUUAGUCCCCUAAGAGCGACUGACGUGAGACUCCCCAGUGGAGCUGUCUUUGUGAUCGCCAACAGCUGCGUGGAAGCGAACAAGGCAGCCAGUUCCCAUUUCAACAUCAGGGUGAUGGAGUGCCGGCUGGCCGCAAAGGUCCUUGCUAAACACAAAGGGCUGCAAUGGGAUAGAGUCCUGCGGCUAGAAGAAGUGCAGGCCAAACUGGGGGUUAGUCUGCAAGAGAUGCUGCUGCUCACAGAGGACACCCUUCAUGCGGAACCCUACAGCAGGGAGGAGGUCUGCAGGUACCUGGGAAUUAGCCUGGAGGAACUCCGCACACAAAUCCUGACUCCAAAUACUCAAGAUGAGCUCACCUUCAAGCUCUACCAGCGGGCAAAGCAUGUGUACAGCGAGGCUGCACGUGUGCUACAGUUUAAGCAGGUGUGUGAAGAAGCACCCCACAAUGCAAUCCAGCUGUUGGGAGAGCUAAUGAACCAGAGCCACAGAAGCUGCCGGGACAUGUAUGAGUGCAGCUGCCCUGAACUGGACCAGCUGGUGGACAUCUGCCGGAAGUUUGGGGCCAAAGGUUCACGACUUACUGGAGCAGGAUGGGGAGGCUGCACGGUGUCCAUAGUGCCCGCUGACAUGCUGUCCAGCUUCCUCACGAAUGUCUACGAAGCUUAUUACCGGAGGAACAAUUGCAGCUUGGCUCUGGAGAAGCACAGCUUGUUUGCCACCAAACCUGGAGGCGGGGCUUUGGUUUUCCUUGAGGCCUAAACAAUGUAAAACAUCUCAGAGAAACUAUCUCGGGCAUUUAGAGCUGGCCAGACUUUCUGUGCCACAGCAAAUCAUUCCCUUUUCUGUUCUGUUAUGAUGAUGAUUGCUAUUAUCAAGACACAUUUCCAAAAAAAAUGGUGAAAGCUAUGCUUCAUAAUGACUACUUUUCUCUUAUAAGUGUAUUUUUCAUGAAUCAGAGCCAAGGAUAUGCUUAGCUAAAUCUUUAGAGUAUGACUAAGAUUUAUUGAUUUGAAGAUGUUUAAAGAUGAAUAGCAAAAUGUACUUUUCAUAGAACACUGCAACAAUGGAAGUACAGCAGCUGAAUGUUAUGUUCUUGAAUGGUGGUCGCUGCUGGCUCCCCUUAGCUCUCUUCCACAUAGUGCCAGUCUUCUGACAGGAAACUGGAUGAUGACGAUGGUGUCUGUGGUGACUGUGGUGACUGUGGUGACUCUGAGGAUGGUGAUAUUGAUGAUCCUUUAUAUUCCUCCUUGAGUUUAGCCUCAACACGCUGUGAACACAGUACAUGGUUAAGGAUUUGCAAAUAUUCUUAGACACACACAGUAUACUUGAAUGCGAGUGUUCUAUAUCUCUAAAGAUGGUGAAGAUCACUUUGGAGAGAGGGGCCAAAAGAUAGAUUUCAGAAGAAAAUUUGAAUUGACUUCCUUUCCACUCACACUACCAUUUCUCAAAUGCUUUUCCAAUCCAAGAGGCAUGCCUAUUCUGGCAGCCCCACCCAUACUCCACACCCCUCUUCUGGAUGCUUGGCAAGGCUUGCUUGUGUCCCUGAUGUAGGGCGGAUGUGUGGUAUGUAGGUGUGGGUGAGUAUGCAAAUGCCCAAAGUGUGAUCUAACAUUGACAGUGGUGGAGUGAGUACUUAGGACACUUAUCAAGAGUGGGCGAAAGUGUCUGGUCAUGUGGUGAUGUGCCAUUGGCAGACUCCCAGAAGUCCUCUCUAAGUUACACUGUGGGAUGCAUAGACCAAAGUGGGUUUUGCUGAAAUAUUCAUGUGACAGACAGGGCAGUUGUGUCAUGAUUGGAAUCACCCAAAUAUUACCACAGUUUUUGUGUCAUAUGAUUGUGUUGGCCCAUUAACCAGCAUUCAGUGACUGGGGUUCAUCAUCUGCUUGUCUUUAAAAGACAUAGGCAGGCUGGAGUAGUUCUUAAAGAAUAAGUCAUCAGGAAACUCAGAUUCACCCUAAAAAUAGCUCCUGACACAUUUCCUUCUAAAUACCUGAGUAAUUUGGAUCAAAUUUGUUGAAAGAAUUUUAAGUUUUCUUAAGCACAGGAAUCUAAGAAUCGAAUUUGUUUAUAAUGCUGCAUUUUUAAUGGCCCUUUUCCCCCACAGAUAAUUUGUGGUUGGUUUAGAAUUCUUUAAAAAACAAAACUUGUGUCAUGUGAGACCACUGUUAGCCCAUUUAAUGAUUUUCCCCAUGGAAUUCCUUCUGAGGAAGAUGAGGACAAUGUUCAGGAGUUCUCAAUAAUCACUGUGCACACCUCCACAGAGACACAGUCAUUCUAAUAGUUCAGUGUGCACACCUCCACAGGGACACAGUCAUUCUAAUAGUUCAGUGUGCACACCUCCAAAGGGACAUAGUUUCUAAGUGUUCAGUAUGUACACCUCCAUAGGGAACACAGAGUCAUUCUUGGUGUUUUGUCCAUUGAACCUAUUCUACUCUGAUUUUAUGUCUGUUAAGAGCUGCUUUGAACCUACCCUCAGCAGCUGGUUUUCUAGAAGUUGAGAGGCAUAUCUAGCUCUUCCUUGAAGAAUAGGGAUGGGACCAAGGGCAUAAGGCUCAUAAGGAAAUGGACUUGGAGUGUGACCCUAAAGGAUGGCUAGAGUUGGAAAGCUAAUGAGUAGGCAGUGCAGACCCUGGCUGUGUGGAAGGCUCCAUGAGAAUGCAGGGUUUUGCUUUAAAAUGCAUUGAAGAAUCAUGUCAGCUGCACUGGCUGGACCAGGCAGCAGUAUUCAGAACAGGAAAACAGGCCACAUCUGGUCUGCAAAUGUAUUUAGUUUGUUCCAUUAGCAUUUGAAAAUGUGGCUCUAAAUCUGGAGAUUUUGUUCAAGAGUCUGUGUUACUGAUGGAAAGCUGAUAGAAGAUUGAUUCCUGCAGGUAACAGUGAAGGAGGCUGAGGGUGCAGCUGCAGUGUCAGGGUGAGCAUUUCCACAGCUCCUUGCAGUCUGCCCUUACCUGCUCAAGUGCACUGCUGUUCCCAUGCAUUCAGUAGUAGGAAAUACAUCAAGAAAAACAGGAAUAAAGAUCAAUGCUUUAAAAAAAAAGCCAAUGAUCCUGUGUGUCUAAUAGAAACACUUCAGUGUUUUAUGGCUUUCUAGCACCUCUCUACAGGAAUCUUACUUGUCCUGGUUUUGGUAUUAGACCCACAGCUAAUGGGAUUGCUCUGGAGUCUGGACUGCAGGGUGAACCUCUUAUGCUGGAACCCUCCAUCCAUAGCCUCAGAUAGUCCAGUCUGCUACUUUCCUGUGUGCCAGCAUCUACAUAUUUUGCCUUCAGAAAGCAUGGUCCUUCAGACAUAACAGGACUGCUCAGAAGGCUUGGAGGAGCAGAAGAAAAGGACCUGGGGAAUGGACAGGAACUCUCCAUCCCUCUCCUUUCUCCUCACAUCGGAGCUCUGCUUGGAGUUGUGUCACAGUCUCCUUUGCUCUGGGUGAGUUGAGGGCAGGAGACAUUCUUUUCACUUAGCUGAUGGCAUCAUAUAGCUUUGCUGAAUUAUUAAUAAAAACUAAAAUACAACUUCAAGCACCAAUAAUUUGCUCUAGUUUCUGCCCAAUUGCACUUUAUGGGGUCUUUAGUUACAGAAACCAUCCCAGGAACUGUUUUAGAAGCAAGGCAUGAAGACAGUGGCCAUGAGGUUAUCAGUGGACUUUAGAAUGGGUUAUCUCCCCUUUGUAGUGGGCCAUCAGUGAGAAGAACUCCUUGUUUCUGCCUCUGCAGUGUGGGUGUGACUGUGCAUCCCUUAUGAAACACUGUGAGAUCUGGGGGCAGAAAGCUGUGGGGAGAACUCUCAAUUACUUCCAGGAAGGAAACAUACCAUUUUAUGUAGAAAAAUCUCAAAAUCGAUUUUGACUUCUUGGAUGUUUUUGGAAGCCUUUGCUUGGAGCCUAAUGGAAUAAAGAAAAACACUUGAGCAAAUGGACUCUUCAUAUGCAUCUCCUAGCCAGUAUUUGCAAAGACUGACUGUGCUGUGCUCUUGCUGGCCCUUUACAUGUAUUAAUGCAGCUACCUCCUUACAACUCUAGCAGGCAGGAAUAACUUUCAUCCUUUCUGUCAAUGAGGAAAUAGGCUCAGACAGGCAAAAUUGCUGUCACUACCUCAUACACAGAAGUCUAGAAAGCAGGUGUUUUUAAUCCAAGCAUUUCCUUGGAUGCCUUAGUUCCUAGCACCUUGUGACUUUCACACCAGCAGAAGAGCACUGCCUUCAGUUAGACACAUCACAUAGCAUUACCCUAACUGCUUCCGUUGUCCAGAUCUUGUGGGGGCAUUACAUAUGGCAUUGGGGAAGAUAGGGAGAUGGCCAAGGCACAUUUGUGCAAGGGUGUGUGCUCGGCCACGCUCCUUGAGGAAGAGGCCCAGGGAUCUUCCAGAGCUUUAGUUAGCAACUACUCAACUGAGAAAUACUACAGUUGAUGUAGCAGGCAGCAGGAAUCCCUAAUUCCCCAAUGCCCUUUCUCUUGUGCACCCCUUGAGCUGUGUGUUAAUCUCAGACACAGUUGUACUUCAUUUUAUUAAAAUCUACCCAUCUUU